AUGUCUCUGCUCACCAAUUAUGAGGGGCUUCGGCAUCAGAUCGAGAGGCUGGUGAGGGAGAAUGAGGAGCUGAAGAAGCUGGUACGGCUCAUUCGGGAGAAUCACGAGCUCAAGUCGGCGAUCCAGGCACAAGCGGGUGGCCUGGGCAUCAGCGGGCUCAGCUCAGGGCCUGGCGAGGCAGCGGCCAGCCCUCCUCAACACCCGAGAAACUGUGUCUUCCUGCCCCCGUCCCCUGCAGCAGCAAAUGAGCCUAUCCUGGAUGAAGUGGGGAUUAUAACUCUGGCGCCCCUGGCCGACAUGCUGAACAGCCCACAGCCCAGCCCCGCAGCAGGCCCCAUCGUGAACACCCUGAUGGGCCCCCUCAACACGCUGCUGCCUGGCCCAGGGUCCAUGUCACAGAGCAUCCCGCUCACCAGCUUCCUGACCAGCCCCCUGAGCAGCCACCUGCCUGGCCCCAUGGCAGUGCCUCCAGCAGGCACACUGACCAGCUCCCUGGGUCUGCCUUCAACUGGCCCCCUGAGCAGCCACCUGACUGGCCCCAUGGCCGUGUCCCCAGGGGGCACACUGACCAGCUCCCUGGGUCUGCCUUCAACUGGCCCCCUGAGUCCAAGCAGCCCCCUGAUGGCCCCUAUGACAGGCACAGUGGCCGUCUCUCUGCACAGCCCCCUGCUCACCUCCACGGCUGCUCCUCUAGGUGUUUCUCAGAACCUUCUGGCCAACCCCAUGAGCAGUCUGGUGCUGUUGGAGGCCCCGAGGGUGCGGCUGUCAGAGCCGCUCCGGGGAUGCCCCUCCGGACCCCAUCCCUCAGCUGGAGCAGGGCCUGCCGCCACCACCAAAGUCCCAGUCUCCACGGAGCAUCCCCAGCCGACCCGGGACCUGGAGCCCUUCAGCAUGACGUUGGUGGCCUCACCCAUCCAGGCCUCCACCCCUAUCGGGACCAGGGACACGCCUGGCCCCAUGACCACCUUUUCCUACAGCAGCUCAGACACCCAGCCCCGGCCCAGUGCCCCUCAGGGACAAGCAGUUCCUGCACCUGUCCCCACCACUCCACCUGUCUCUCCAACUGCCACAGUCCUUGCCCCUAUUCCUACUCCCGCCCCCCAAGCUACCACCAACGACAUCCCCUCGAGCACCACCCACAUUGUCCAGUGCCCCCCCCAGUCUCCCACCCGGGCACACCACUCCCCCACCCAGCCCUCACCCACCCCCCACUCCCCUCCACGAAACCCCCACUCCCCGCCCCGAACCUCAUCCUCCCCUGCUACAGUCAACCACACCCGGGGUCCACGUGGCGCAGAGACAUCUCGGAAAAGCAUCCUAGAGUUGGAACGGAAGCUGGCCCACCGAAAGACCAGCAAGUUCCCUGAGAGCCCCCGAGAGUCAAAGCAGCUAGUCUGGGAGAGGCUGGUGGGGGAGAUCGCCUUCCAGCUGGACCGCAGGAUCCUGUCCAGCAUCUUCCCUGAGCGCGUGCGUCUCUACGGCUUCACUGUCUCCAACAUUCCAGAGAAGAUCAUCCAGGCCUCCCUGAACCCCGGCAACCACAAGCUGGAUGAGGAGCUGUGCCAGACACUCACACAGCGCUAUGUGAGCAUCAUGAACCGGCUACAAAGCCUGGGCUACAACGGGCGGGUGCACCCGGCGCUGACUGAGCAGCUGGUGAACGCCUACGGCAUCCUGCGCGAGAGGCCGGAGCUGGCUGCCUCGGAAGGCGGCUCCUGCACCAUGGAUUUCCUGCAGCGCGUGCUGGUGGAGACGGUGCACCCCAGCAUGCUCUCGGACGCACUGCUGCUACUCUCCUGCCUCAGCCAGCUGGCACACGACGACGGCAAGCCCAUGUUCAUCUGGUGACACCGGCUUGCGGCCUGGGUCCGCCCCGCCCCCCACCGGGUGCAGAGCCAUUAAAGCUUCCCACAGACGCUGGCCGCUGGGCCCGGAC